AUGGACCAGAAAAUACCAACAUACAUUAUGGGUUAUCUUCUUCCAGAGAGUAUCGUUUCAGACAUGGAGGUCGUUCUUCGUAAUUAUUGGUGGGCGGGUAGUCCAAUGGAUAGCGGAUGGUCGAUGGAACGGAGCACUCAAUGUUUAUCUUCCCCUCACAGUCUCCUGGCUAGUCUUUAUGCGGCUAAAUACUUCUCUCACAACAAUAUUUUUUAUGCUCGAUUGGGUAACCGAUCUUUGGUUGCUUGCAAGGUAUCUCUCAAUAUUGUCGACCUUUUGUGCAGGGUAUUUUGGAGGGUGGGUGUCAAUAGCCAGGUUCGAAGGCAUUCAAAUUCAUGGGGUGUUCGGCUCCUAUCAGCUUUCAAUCAACAUGUAGAUAGUGCGUAG